CUCUUACUUAAAAAUACAGUUUUAAGAAAAAAAUCUGGUUCCUUAGACGUUUGUCUGUGCAAUUUUCACAACUUAAAAUUAUAUUUAAGUGCUCUACCAGAGAAAACCCGAAAUUGACAUUAUUUUAAGCGUUUUACGUUAGCCAAUCAUGUAAAGAGGCGGCAUUAACUGAGAGAGCAAUGACAAGCACGCCCAAUACAUUCGUUGCAGUGCCAGCUGCAUCAUCUCCUAACAGACCUCUACCUGGGAUGAUCUCUCAACACAUCACUGUCCCUGCUAAUAUGAUAGCAAGCAGCCCAGGAGGAAUGGCAGUUACAGCAAGUGGGCAAAUGCUUGGGCUCCCUGUGAGGCAGGUGGCACCCCCAUCUACCACCUCAGUGGGGGGUGGUGUGCCCACUACAGUAUCUACUGUUGAGACUAAGGUACUGGACAAGAGGCGUCUACAGGAACUGGUCAAGGAGGUGGAUCCACUGGAGCAGAUGGAUGAGGACGUUGAGGAGGUACUGAUGCAGAUAGCUGAUGAGUUUAUUGAGAGUGUUGUUACCGCCUCAUGCAAGAUCGCAAAACACCGCAAGUCCAACACGCUAGAGUCAAAGGACGUUCAACUGCAUUUAGAACACAGCUGGGGAUUGUGGGUGCCAGGUUUCGGCACCGACGAGCUGCGGCCAUACAAGAAAGCAAACACUACUGAGGCUCACAAACAGCGAAUGGCAUUAAUCAGGAAGACGUUAAAGAAAAGCUGAUCGUUCUUACGUUUUCCCUGUUUAUCUGUGGUUUUCUCUCAGCUGUGCUGGGAAGUUCAGGAGACAUCUUGUUGCCAUGGUUUAUGACAGUCGUCUACAGUUUUCAUAUCAUUUAAUCAUUUCGCUGAGUCUUCAUUGAUAUAGUUGUUGCUUGCAUAAUCGUUGUGUUAUUGGCUGAUUGUUUGUCAUUACUUUUUUUGUACAUGAAUUUAAUUUUUAAGGCAGCAGACCAAUACUGGAAAUUACUAUGUAAAUACUUUGUUAAUAUUAUGUUAAUAAUUGUCUGCUCAGUAUUAUGUCUAAGUCAAAAGUAAUAAUGAUUUAUAGAUUUUUUUAGAUUAAAAAUUACAAUGAUUUAUAGAAUUUGUUAGUCAAAUGUUAUGAUGAUGAAUAGAAUUUCCUAGACAAAAAUUAUGAUGAUAUAUAGAACUUCUUAGUGAAAGGUCAUGAUGACUUUUAGGAUUUCUUGUUAAAAAAAUGAUUAUGAUUUAUAGAAUUUCUUCUGUAGGUCGUCAAAAGUUUUGAUGAUUUAUUAUGAAUUGUAAACAUGUAGUAUUUUAUAGGCAAUUUUUCAUUAUUAUAUCUUAGUAAGAUUUCUUUUUGCACUGGUCAUUGAGAGUGGUAAGCGCGAGACAAGACAUAACUUCUGUUAUUAUAUACAGAGUUAGGACUCUCUUUCGUUGAGCCUUGAAAGUUCAUAUUUGUUUUCAAAUUCAUAUAUAAUAUCAUCAUAAUGUUUCCAUGUCAUUUUUAUAAGUUAACAUAUUGGUCUUUUCUACAUGUUUUCCAUUACGACAUGCAUAUUAUCGAAGGCUGUCCCUAAAUGAAUUUUAGCGUGCAUUGGACUCCACCAUCUCAUUACUGAUAACAAAUGUUCUAACUCAAUUUUGUAUGACCUUAAAUAGGGUAAUAAAGAAAGAAAAAUUGA